AUGGAAAGCUUCAAGUCGGCGGCCAUGGAGGAUUUAGAAUUUCCGGCGUCUUUAGAAGAUGAAACAAUUGAACUUGUAUUUCCGGAAUGCGAUGCUAAAAGCAAACCGUUUGAGGGGCAGAUAUUUGCAACUUUAGAAUUAGCAUGUCAGUUCUACAAAGACUAUGCAAAACUAUGCGGCUUUGCAGCUAGAAAAAGUACAAGCACAAAAGUUGAUGGUACAAUUGUAACAUACUAUAUGUUAUGCAAUAGAGAAGGCCAUCCUCCUGUACCAGAUGUGUUGUUGAUGCCUGAAAGUGGAAGUUCAAUAAAAAAACGUAAGAAAACAUCAUGCAAGCCUGUUACUCCCGUCCAUCAGAUGUGGAUUACUUCUGCCAUUAAAGCACGUAUUGGGUCUAUGAGAUCUUUUCGCAUGUACAGAGAGAUUGUGGACAAAUAUGAAGACAUUGGAUGCACUAGUGAUGAUUUCAAAAAUUUUGCUCAUGAGCUCUAUGUUUACACACGUGAUUCAGAUGCUCACAUGAUUUUAGAAACAUUCAAGAAUAAAAAAGAGUUAGGCAAUGGCUUCCAAUAUUUCUACGAGGUAGACGAUGAGAACAGGCUGGUUCGGUUGAUUUGGACCGACGAAACAUCUGUCAAAAACUACAAAUUAUUUGGUGAAGCCGUGUCCUUUGAUGCAAUAUACAAUACCAACAGGUAUAAAUUGAUCUUCACACCAUUCACCGGUAGGGAUAACCAUGGCAAGUGUUUGUCAUUUGGUGCAGCCAUUAUAUCUCGAGAAGACGUUGAUUCUUAUUCUUGGGUUUUGGAGAAGUUUGUGGAAUGCGUGGGAAAUGCCCCACCACUAUUAAUAACUGAUCAAGAUCCAGGGUUGAAAAAGGCUGCCGCGUCUGUGUGGCCUGAAACACGUCACAGAUACUGCAUGUGGCAUAUUAUAAUCAAGGUGGCUGAGAAGUUGCCGUCAAGAUUGAGGGAUAGCACUGAUUUCAAGACCAAGUUUGGGAAAAUUGUGUGGACUGAUUUGGUUGAGCCUCAUUUUUUUGAGGAGAGUUGGAAAAAUCUCGUGGAUGAAUUCGACUUGUUGGAUAAUAGAUGGUUUUCAGAUAUGUUUGAUGAUCGUUCACACUGGAUCCCAGCAUAUUUUAGAGAUGUGAGUAUGAGUGGAUUAUUCAGAACGACAUCGUUGUCAGAGAGCGAGAAUAGUUACUUUAAACGGUUUCUUAACAAGAACGGAAAUAUUAUGAUGUUGUACAUGCACUAUUGCAGUGCAUUGGAGGCUCAACGUCAUAAUUAUCAUAAGAUUACUCUUGCUGACGAGACUGGUGUUCUCCCCUUGAAGACGAGCCUUAAAAUAGAGAAGCAUGCUUCAUCUAUAUACACCAACAACAUAUUCAAGGAGGUACAAGAAGAGAUAUAUGCUUCUCAAUCCUAUUGCAACAUGUAUAAGAUGGAGGAUCAAGCCGAUGAGAGCAUAUAUACUGUGCAUGACAAUGUUGAUGGGAAAUUUGUGGUGCGACACAGACUGGCUGACAGUCAUUCAUUUUGUAGCUGCAACCUGUUCGUCAGAAAAGGUAUUCUGUGCAAACACAUUUUUCUUGCAUUUCGCACAUUGCAAGUGGAUAGAAUUCCUGAUAAAUACAUAUCAAUUCGCUGGAGCAAGUUUAGAAUUUUGUCGGCCAUGGUUCCUGGACUUGAGCUCGGUAGUGCCCCUAGCGAAAAAUCUGUUAUUGGUAACAAUCAGUUUUUCAAUGUUCUUUGCAAUUGUGUUGGGUAUGUCGGUGACAAUCAAGAGCUACGUGAAGAACUACUUGCAGCGCUGAUUGAAGUGGAAAAAAGGUUUUCAAAGGACGGCAGUAUAGAGUCUAAGAUCGAAGCUAAGCAUAGGCUUUUCAAUGAUUUUUAUGGUAUUGCACCACCUGAAACACCAUCUGUUUUACCUCCGCUCAUAGCGAAAACCAAAGGCAGUGGCACUGGUGGAAGAAGAAAAUCAAACCAAGAGAAAGCCAUGGUUCUUGCUCAGAAGCCAAUGCGUAAUUGCAAGAAGUGCAAUACGAUGGGGCAUCAUGAUUCAAGGAAUUGCCCAACAAAAAAGACUUCGCAUUGA